UCAUGCUGCGUCUUAUCUCCUCACGGCUCAGAUGAAAGUUGAUUUGAAGUGCUGGAAGAUAAAUCGAUGGUGUUUAACGGUCUGUUUUUACUCGUUUCUGGCUGAUAAACGCGGCUUUGACGGGUCAAUGACUCCGCUCAGGUGUUGCCAAGAUGCUAAUUAUAGCCUUUUACCUGCUAGCUAGCGCGUGCUGCUGUGUUAGCCGGUGUUAGCUAGCUGAAGUGAAACUGCUCUGACUGUUUAUGAACACCUGUCGAGGUCAGGUAACUUCUUCUUUUAAUUCUCCUGUUUGAUGUGAUCAAACAUCCUGAACAGAAGCAGGCGGACGUUACUCUACAGUACUCUAAAGUUACUGCACAGAGUACAGAUACUCGAGUAAAAGAUCCUGCAUUCAAAAGAUGAGCUCAGCAGCAGAUCUGGAGCAGCUGGCUGAAAUCGAGCUCCAGAAGGAGGAAGAGGAGGAUGAGGAGGAUGAGACGAGCGUCACGGACGGCCCGUCGCUCCCUCCCGGCGGCGCACUCGGUCCGGAUUCUUCUCGCCCGUAUUACGACGUGGCUCGCCACGGCAUCGUGCAGGUCUCGGGUGACGACAACUACGGCAGGAAGCUGAUCGUCUUCAGCAGCUGCUGUUUGCCUCCGUCCCACCAGCUGAACCACCGCCGCCUGCUGGAGUACCUGAAGUUCACCUUGGACCAGUAUGUGGAGGGGGACUACAUCCUGGUUUACUUCCACCACAGCCUGAGGAGCAGCAACAAGCCGUCUCUGAAGUGGCUGCGAGAGGCGUACGGCGAGUUCGACAGGAAAUACAAGAAGAACCUGAAGACUCUGUACGUCGUUCAUCCGACGAACUUCAUCAGAAUCGUGUGGAACAUCUUCAAGCCUCUGAUCAGUCACAAGUUCGGGAAGAAGGUGGCGUACGUGAACUACCUGGCCGAGCUGAGGCAGCACCUGAACUACGAGCAGCUCGCCGUCCCUCCGGACGUGCUCAGACACGACGAGAAGUUGCGAGCCGCUCAGAGAGGCGGACCCCCUCCCCCGGCGAAGACGCCCCCGCCUCGGCCCCCCCUGCCCACGCAGCAGUUUGGUGUCAGUCUGCAGUACAUCAGAGAGCGGAACAGAGGGGCCACGAUCCCACCUGUCGUCUCUCAGACCGUCACCUACCUGAAGGAGAAAGGUCUGAGGACCGAGGGGAUCUUCAGACGCUCAGCUCGUGUUCAGCUCAUCAAGGACGUCCAGAAACUCUAUAACCUGGGGAAACCUGUGGACUUCGAUCAGUACGCUGACGUCCACGUUCCCGCUGUGAUCCUCAAGACGUUUCUCAGAGAGCUUCCUGAACCUCUGCUCACCUUCAGAGUCUACAGCCAGGUGCAGGACAUCCUCAGUGUGGAGAGCAGUCUGAGGGUCUCCAGGUGUAAACAGAUUGUUGAAAGUCUUCCUGAACAUCAUUUCAUCGUGACCAAGUUCCUGCUGUGUUUCCUGCACACGGUGUCUCAGGCGAGCAUCGAGAACAAGAUGAGUCCGUCUAACCUGGCCUGCGUGUUCGGGGUGAACCUGGUCUGGCCUCGUCACGGUUCCAUCUCUCUCAGCGCUCUGACCCCCAUCAACAUCUUCACCGAGAUCCUCGUGGAGCAUUUCCACACCGUGUUCGGCUCCCGCUGCCCACCUGCACAGGUAACGCCCUGAAUCAGCAGCCGGGCCGCGAGGUCCCUCGUCCUCAGCACUUAGAAACAUCUGGACGCCCACGGUCCAGAUGUUUCUCCACAGGACGAUUCCUAAAGACUUUAAGACUCUACAGGACAAAACCUCUGCACAUAAAAACUGUGGAGGAGGUUCCUGCUGCCCAGAGGAUGAACCUAAUUCUUCACCUUCAUCGGCGCCACCUUCAGGUCAGACUGUCGGCUUCACACACUGGACCACUGAAGUAUUUCUGCUGCCAAGAUUCAAUAAUCGAUGUGACAGAGAGUGUUUGUGUGUUAGAUUCUGAAUUUAUGGAUUCAUCAAAAACAUCUGGUUAGCUAAUAAACACACAGUAUAAUGUAGUUAGCAUUAGCAUAGUUAGCAUUAGCAAACACUAGCAGUGUGUUAUAGUCUGUUACAAACUGUUUGUUAAUGUUGGUGAAUGUCGCUGAGAGCUGCUGCAUGCUGUUAGUCGUGUUGUUCGUUUGUGUAAUAACGACACGGACCGAACGUGUUCGCUGUCUGUUUCUGUAUUUUUCUGUUCGCUGCAACGAUCACACACUUAUUUUUAUUGGAAUAAUAUAAAAACACUGAAACAUUCAUUUAAUGACACUUUCAGAUUAAUACAAAUAAAAUGUAAAAAGUUG